AUGAGAUCCGAUGAUGAAACGCGGCUGGUCAGAGUUAAGCUUAACUUCCUGGGAAUUGUGAUCCUGUCUCGUGGAAAGUGUGGCCUCUCGACUUGCACAGCUCGUUACCUGGUGGCCAUGGCAACAGCAGAUCUAUUGGUCAUUGUCACUGAGGUCAUAUUGUGGCGUAUCAAUUAUUAUUAUUUCCCAGGGUCAUUCCUUGAGCUUACACCUGUGUGCAGUGUUAACGAUGUCUUGCUCCGAGCAGCCACAGACUGUUCUGUCUGGUUCACUGUCACUUUCUCCUUUGAUCGAUUUGUGGCCAUUUGCUGUCAGAAGUUAAAAACAAAAUACUGCACGAAGAAAACUUCAGCUGCGUUUCUAGCAGCAACCACUAUUCUGUCUUGUUUAAAAAACACCCCUCAGUACUUUACAUAUCAACCAUGGGUUAUAAUCAACAAUGUACCAAGGCUCUGUUAUCGAAAGCCAGUCUAUUAUACUGAACCUGGAUGGGUAGCAUUUUCCUGGCUUGACAGGAUCUUAACACCAUUGCUUCCAUUCUCUUUAAUUUUGUUGCUCAAUGCUCUGACAGUCAGGCACAUUCUAGUCGCCAGUCGUGUCCGCAAAGGACUGAGGGGUCAGAGCACGAGAGAGAGUCCCAGUGAUCCGGAAAUGGAGAGCCGAAGAAAGUCUGUGAUUUUACUCUUCACCAUAUCUGGCACCUUCAUAGUUCUGUGGUUGGUGUAUGUUAUAGAGUUCAUAUAUUAUAACGUAAAAGGAAUAAAUCCCUGGGAGUACAGUGAUUCCGAAUACGUAUUUCGGGAAGUUGGGUGGAUGUUGAGGAAUUUAAGUUGCUGCACAAAUACAUUUAUUUAUGGUGUGACGCAGUCCAAGUUCAGAGAGCAAGUUUGGUGUGUAGUGAAAUAUCCAAUCACAUCAGUUCCUAAAUUAAUGAAUAAAGAAAGUACUUAG